AUGCUGCCCUACUCCGACUAUCCGCCCACCAUGCCUUCCAACGACUUUGACCUCUACCCUUCGCAAGAGUCUUACUAUCCUUCCACGACCUCAUACUCCUACACCACCUAUGAUGCUCACGCCUCGCUUCACGCCUUCUCCCACGUCCCCAGGUCACAGGAUCUGUCUUCCAUGUACACGUUCAAGGCAAACCACCUCCCCUUCAGUCCUCUGGCAUCGCCGGCAUCUGGCGCACAGUCUUUCGAAUGCCCGCCGCAGCUCUCUACCGUGUCAGAGUCCACCGCCUCCGCACAGAGCACUUCUUCUUCGGCCGUCGGAUCGCCAUCAAUGAACCACCAAUUCCUCGAGCCGUGGAGCGUCGUGGGUCAGGGGCUCGGCCAAGGCCUGGCUCUUGAGAGCGAGCCCUUCUCUGCUUUCACAUACAACGGCAUCGCGGCGAACGAAAAGAUGUCCACUGGUUGUGUUGACCCCACUUUGAUCAAUCCUUUCCAAUCACCAAUCCAAUACGACAACCUCAACACCCCCUACUUCCAGAGUUUCGUUGAGCAGCCGCCGUCACCUGCACCGUCGACCAGCUCGAGCCGCAGCAACAACAUCUCCAGCAUCUCCAGCUCAAGGGGCUUCAAGCGCUCUGGCAGCCAGUCGCCCCGCGUCGGCGGUUACUCCUCUCAACUAUACCCCCCUGCCUACAACACCGCUCGCCGACCCUCUGUUUCCUCGAUCCACUCGCGACAGUCCCAGACCAGCCGGCGCAGUGGCAGUUUCGAGCUCGAUGAGGAGACCAAGGAGAAGGGCCUGUGCCCCAUCGAGGGCUGUGGCCGUGUCUUCAAGGACCUCAAGGCACACAUGUUGACGCACCAAACGGAGCGUCCCGAGAAGUGCCCCAUCGCGAGCUGCGAGUACCACCUCAAGGGCUUCGCACGCAAAUAUGACAAGAACCGCCACACGCUAACCCACUACAAGGGCACGAUGGUGUGUGGCUUCUGCCCAGGCUCUGGCUCCGCAGCGGAGAAGAGCUUCAACCGGGCUGACGUCUUCAAGCGGCACUUGACUUCGGUGCACGGCGUCGAGCAGACGCCGCCCAAUAGCCGCAAGAAGUCUCCCUCGUCCGCCAAGAAGGGCUUCGCUUCGACGCAGAGCUCUGCUGGUACCUGUUCCACCUGCUCCGUCACCUUUGCCAACGCGCAAGAGUUUUACGAGCAUCUCGACGACUGUGUGCUGCGCGUUGUGCAGCAAGCAGACCCCUCGGAAGCCAUCAACCAGAAGCUGCUGUCUUCGGUUGCGGAUGACAAGGAUGUCAAGGCCACGCUGGACAGGCACUGCUUGCCGCACGACACGGACUACACGACGGCCGUGUAUGACGAGGACGAGGACGAGGACGAGUACAUUGACAACGACGACGCCAACGACGACACUUAUGGCUGCCGGCCACGCAAGAAGCGCAACAUGGGUUCCUCAUCAAGCUCCACGGACCAGAGCAACAGCACGUCGCCGCCCAAAUCGUCGCGGCACGGCAAGCCCGGGCUCACGUACUCGCGCGGCGGGGUGCCGCUCUCGGCGUCGGCCCGCAAGAAGCGCAAGCACUACCCCGUGUCGUGGGGCGCGAGCACGGAGCGCAUGAAGAUGAAGAAGCGCGUGCUGUGCGUGUACGACGGGCAGCGGCGGCUGUGGAAGGACGACAUGAUGCUGGACCAGGCGUUUGAGGUGCGGCUGCGCCUGCCGGGCGGCGACGGGAAACAGUACGUGACUGACCUGGACGUGCAGACGCUGAAGCGCGCCGAGGCGCUGCAUGCCAUGCCUGAGGAGGACAAGGAUCCGAUCAGAUCUUGA